CUCCCCUCCCCUAGGUUUUCCCGCUUCACCAGUUACGGGGGUCACUGCAAGCAGCAACUGCGGCCGCAGCAGCAACAACAGUAGCAGCAGUCUGCGUCUCCUUCCCAGAGCACCCCUCAGUUCCCGCUUGUCACCAUGCCCAACAUCGUGCUCUUCAGCGGGAGUUCUCACCAGGACCUAUCGCAGCGCGUGGCCGAUCGCCUGGGCCUGGAGCUAGGCAAGGUGGUCACCAAGAAGUUCAGCAACCAGGAGACCAGCGUUGAGAUUGGCGAAAGUGUGAGAGGGGAAGAUGUCUACAUCAUCCAGAGCGGCUGCGGGGAGAUUAACGACAACCUGAUGGAGCUACUCAUUAUGAUCAACGCGUGCAAGAUCGCAUCCUCAUCCAGGGUAACUGCUGUGAUACCCUGCUUCCCCUACGCCCGGCAAGAUAAAAAGGACAAGGUAGGCGAGAGUCGUGCUCCAAUUUCUGCUAAACUAGUGGCCAACAUGCUGUCAGUUGCUGGGGCUGAUCACAUCAUCACCAUGGACCUGCAUGCCUCUCAGAUCCAGGGAUUCUUUGAUAUUCCGGUGGAUAAUUUAUAUGCAGAGCCUGCAGUUCUUCAAUGGAUUCGGGAGAAUAUCACUGAAUGGAGAAACUGUAUCAUCGUUUCCCCAGAUGCUGGAGGAGCCAAAAGGGUUACAUCAAUUGCAGACAGGCUGAAUGUGGAAUUUGCUUUGAUUCACAAAGAGAGAAAGAAAGCAAAUGAAGUGGACCGGAUGGUUCUGGUGGGUGAUGUGAAGGACCGUGUGGCUAUCCUGGUGGACGACAUGGCUGACACGUGUGGUACCAUCUGCCAUGCUGCAGAUAAGUUACUCUCAGCGGGUGCCACCAAAGUUUAUGCUAUCCUUACCCAUGGAAUCUUCUCUGGGCCAGCUAUUUCCAGAAUAAAUAAUGCUGCCUUUGAAGCUGUUGUUGUCACCAACACAAUACCACAAGAGGACAAAAUGAAACACUGCUCCAAGAUUCAGGUGAUUGACAUUUCAAUGAUCCUGGCUGAGGCCAUUCGAAGAACCCACAAUGGGGAAUCCGUGUCCUACCUGUUCAGCCACGUCCCGCUGUAGUCCGGAUUGGGAUACUGAAGGUGGAGCAAGCCUCCUCCCACUUCUCAUGGUCUUUGUUUGCCUGCUGUUUUAGCAUUAGGACUCAGCAAUUCUAGGAUGAUCACUGGCAAAUGCUAUCUAUGUACACUCUGAGAUUCCUUGUCUACCCUUCUAACGCUCAAGACUACUUCUUUCCAGUUUGGGGGUGGGGCCAGAGAAAGGUGGUGGUUGUUUGGUCUUUAAGUGAGCUGAUAAUGAGAAAUAAUCAUUUCCUUCAUUCCUUUUUAGUGCUUUGAGCCAACAACUUUUAAGCCUAAAAUUCCACUGAGGAAAUUUGUCAUAUAUAUAUUUUGAGGUUGCCAAAGGUGACUUCAGAUGAAAGCCUUCUGUGUAAAUAUAUAAUGAUAUUUAGAUAUUCGGGGGAAAUCCUAAAUACCCUUUGCUUCAAAGUCAACCUU